UAGCAAAAUCCAAGAGCGGCUGUGAGGUUACCACUCAAAUUAUUUUGUCUGUUUUUCUCUCUCUCCGAGAGCAGCUCGCUUUGUGUGCAAUUUCCUGAUCUUUCCGAUCUUCAUUCCGGUCUCCCCCUUUCUGUAACGCCCCGCUUCUCUGAAUCCCUUUCUGUUAAUCAUCUGUCUUUCAAGUUAUGAUUUUGGGUUUGUCUUUUAAUUCACAAAGAAGCAAACUUAGAAGGAUUUCUCGAAAGCCAGGUGUUUUCAGAAUCGAGAUCCAGGUGUUUUUACCUUACGCUUUUUUGUAUUUUUCAGGUCACUUCAAUUUUCCUCAUCUUUCAAUCAGCUACGAGGGUUGUUUUUGAUCCCUCAAAGCACGGUUUUUUCUUUAAUUUCUCGGGAUUAAAGGGGUUGGGUAUUUUUGACCUCUCCUGUCCCUCUUUGUAGAAAAGGUUUUCUCUUUUGUUUUGUUGAAUUUUAAUCAACGAGUGCCUGUUAUUCAGUUUUUGUGAGACGCAGGUUGAUUUCAGUUUAAGAUCUGUCUGUCCAGUGAAAGUUAUGGCAGCUACAAUGGAUUUCUACAGCAGCAGACCACUUCUGUCAGAUCCUUUCAGGGGUGAACUAAUGGAAGUUCUUGAACCUUUUAUGAAGAGUCCUUCCACAACUACCUCCCCCUCCGCAGUUUCAUCCCAAUACUCUAAUUCCCCUCUCCCCUCUACAUCUUACUCUGCUUCUUCUCCCACCUCCUUCCUAUCUUCUCCAUCAGUCCCUUCACAGCCCAGUUUUGUGGCAGACGGUUGCUCUGCAUCGAUGACUCCCAUAUUUAGCGAUGGGUUAUCGAACAGCCUCGCCGCAAGCGGCCUCGGGCAACACAGUUCGAUACUUGGGCUCAACCACCUGACUCCGUCUCAGAUUAACCAGAUCCAAGCCCGGAUCCAGAUCCAGAACCAUCAAAACCUUUGCUGGCAGCAAAAUAGUGCCACUCUCGGCUUCUUGAGUCCCAAACCUAUUCCUAUGAAGCACGCGGGCGUGCCUCCCAAGCCCACCAAGCUCUACAGAGGUGUGAGGCAACGUCACUGGGGAAAGUGGGUUGCCGAGAUCAGGCUCCCUAAGAACCGCACUCGACUGUGGCUCGGCACCUUCGACACCGCCGAGGAAGCCGCCCUAGCCUAUGACAAGGCCGCUUACAAGCUCAGAGGUGACUUUGCCAGGCUCAACUUUCCCAACCUGCGACACCAAGGUUCCUGUGUCGGCGGCGAAUUCGGGGAAUACAAGCCGCUCCAUUCCGCUGUGGACGCCAAGCUUCAAGCAAUUUGCGAGAGCUUGGCCGAUCUGCAGAAACAGGGCAAGUCAGGAAAGCCAACGAGCUCAUCCAAGAGGUCAGGGGGGCGGUCGAAGUCGGGUUCGAAAGAUGCGCAGUCGGCAGCCAGCGAGGCGGAUGUGAAAGUUGAAAGCUCCUCCUCACCGGCGAUGACGGAGAGCGAGGGAUCUGGGGGAUCUUCGCCCCUGUCGGAUCUGACUUUUGCGGACGUGAGCGAGCCACAGUGGGACGGCGCGUUGGAUAAUUUGAGUCUACAGAAGUACCCUUCUUACGAGAUUGACUGGGCAUCUCUGUGAAGGGGGACGUUUGGUUUUUAGUGCGUGUGUUAUAUGUAAUGUUGAUUAAAUUGUAGCGGAGUCGUAUCAUGCUUAGUCCAGUAUGUUAGGUGUUAUGUGGCCUGUUGCAAUGGAAUUUUAGACAAUUGCAGGGCUGCUCUUAGGAUUUGUAGUGGUGUUAAUCACUGUCCUGUCAAUAUGUAGUGUCCACCGAGGGGAGCCUGGUUUUUUCUCGUUUUCCCGUGGAGCAGUAGUAGAAUAACUCCGACUAGGUCGUAGCUGUUUAUUGCUGUAAUUGACUCUUUCUAUGUUAUUUCCUCCAUAUUUGUGUAUCGUGUUUCUGGAUAUGAUAUUGUUGGGUGUGAGCAGUUUAUGUUGAGAAA